GUGGUCAAGUGGAUAGACGUUUUCGCGUCCCGACCUUGGAAAUGGACAGGCUGGUUGGGGGAAUAUUUUGAUAGGAUUGGUGUUCGAAUUGCGGUGCCAGUGGAUGUAUAUGGUGGUUGCCCUGAUCAGGAAUCAUGGUGAAUGCCUGCAAUGUAUUUGUGCUCUUGGCAAAUCUGGCAGUGUUGAGUUGUCAAGAACAAACCGUUUUAGAGCACGAAAUAACCCACGAUACGGAUGCAGAAAACCCAAGCUAUUCAUUCAGUUAUGGAGUGUCUGAUUCCCGGACGGGAGACAUCAAGACUGUAUGGGAGGCUAAAGAGGGCGACACAGUCAAAGGUCACUAUAGUGUUUUAGAACCCGAUGGUUCAAUGAGAACAGUGGAAUAUUCGGCAGGUCCGCACACGGGAUUCCAAGCGACGGUAAACAAUGAUGCAGCACAACAACCUAUACCCAACAUUCCAGUUGUAGAAAAUAAAGCCAUGAGGGAUUAUGACCACAUGAUUGAUUAUUCUGAAGUCCCUGAAGAGGAGGAACGAUAUGUGCAAAGAAAUAGAAAAAGAGCAAGUCUCGUUGACGGGAGAAUAAGAGAUUAUGUAAAAAGAAAACGACCACAGUUACCAAUCGAUCUCGAACCAAGCGAAUACACACAUAGUUAUUCAAUCAAACAUCCGUACCGGGAUGAAGAAGGAGCAGAAAGCGAAUCACACAUAAGUAUGGAUCCAAAUUGUAAAAAGAAGAAGAAAAAUGAAAACAUGUACACAAGUAUCGCAGAUCUUGAUUUAAAGAAAUAUCCAAGUUUUACAUCCAACUCUUUCAAAGAAGAUUUUGAAAGAUACGAACCACAAUCAUCAUAUGAUUUUGAUAAAUUGGUCAGCAGCCAUAAGUACGGCAAAGGUAAAUUUGAAGAUUUCGGAACCAAACCAUCAAAGUACACCAUGCCAUCAGUACCUGAUUUGCCGUCUUUUGAUAAAUAUUACCCAGAAGAUCUCCCUUCUCGUCCCAAAAAGAAGUAUAAGCCUUACAAAAAACCCGAAGUAUUGAGUGAUGAUUUAGAUGAUUAUAUAUUGGUACCAAAAAAGAAAUACAAAAAUCCGCUCAGGGUUCCUGACAUAGAUGACUAUGCACAUGGUGUAGAUGCUGAUUAUGAACGACCGCUGUUUGAUGAUGAUGAAAGAUUUCACUCUAUUCGAGGUUCUGGCUCGGCGCCAAAGGAAGUCAUCAGAAAAGUAGUGAAGAAAAAGAAACCAGUAAUAAACCUAUUAGAUAUGUUUGAUAUUUAAGUUCAUGUUAGCUUUUACAAAUUAGGCUACUGUUGUUACUUAUAGAAAUCUUGUAAGAUAAGUAUUUUGGUGAUAUGUAUUCAAUAAAUUUCGAUCUAAAUAAACAAAAAAAGUAAGCUUUUUUUUAAUAAAUUAA